AUGGGGUCAACACAGUUUGGAAAUUUUGAGGUACAAAUUUUGUCGCGAUUCGACGUUACCAGUCUGCAAUUUGCUAUCCGAGAGUCACAAUCAGACCGGGCCAUGGGACACCGCCGAUACAUCUACCUUCUCCUGCGAACCAGUCGAAGGAAGGCUGCUGUCGGCAGAGUGGAGAUCCAAUUGUUCUUGGUCGGCUAUAUCCUAAUUUCUAUUUGCGAGAUCUUCUCCGUCGGCGAAUUCCCGCUGAGCGGCAAAGUUCGAGUGGCCUUUUCCGCAAUCCAUAUCGGGUUAAUCGCUGCGACAACAUGGAUCCUCAUGCUCAACGCCGUUGUUGGUUACCAACUAAUCGAUGACGGAACUCCUCUAUCGCUAGCGCUAAUGGUUAGCUCCGCCGCGGUCUUGCUGAUUGGCACGGGCUAUAUUGCCCUCGACACUGGACUCCAAUUCACUGGUUUCUGGGAGGAGAGCUGGACAGCCCCGAACCGAAACAUUGCUCUUUACGUCCUCUAUCAAUUGGCGCCACUUGUCUUCCUCGUCGCCUUCUACAUCCUGGAGGCUAUCCUCGUUCUCCGGAUCCUUGGUGAGAAGGCGCCAAUGCUUUAUCUAACCGGGGCCGCUAUAUUGUUCGCCGGAGGCCAAGUCAUCAACUAUGUUGCCAGCCCCCACAUCUGCAACGGCACCAACGGCAAGAUCGACGGAGCGAUGUUCGAGACUCUGUUGACGCUCUUAUCCGUCACGCUAGUCUGGAUCUUCUGGUCAUCCAUCACCGAAGACGACUGGCAUAACCCAGUCGGCCCUACCUACCCCUAA